GCUUAAGCUUUUGGGGUUGACAGAUUCCCUCCAAUCUCAUGGCUUACAUCUUUAUAAGGUAUAAAUAAUUAACAAUAAUCAUAUCUUCUGUUUUCUAGUUUCUUGCUCUUGAAGCAUGGAAAGUAUGUAAUUAUAAGUAAGUAAUUGCUUAUAUCAUUGGAAAAUAAGCACAUUAAUUACUGGAAUGGGCAUCACAGGGGAGCUAGUUAGGAGUGUCUUCUCCAAGAGCAGGUCCGUUAAGACUCAUGAAACUAAUAUGAAAUUCAAUGCUGGAGAAAAGAAAAGAUGGAAAACAUCAGUAAAGUCAUACCUGUGUGGGGAUGAAUUAUUCGACUCGGUUAUAGCAGAAGAGGAUUCAGCUUCUGUUAAGAGUUCAGAAGCCACAGUUAUGCAGAUGCUUCCAGAAGAUGGUCAUUCAACUGAAGACAUCCAAAGCCAAGAUACAUUCGAUACCUUCAACCAUGAUAAUACAGACCGAGAUCACUAUAGUGUUAGUCACAGAUCAUUCGACGAAGAUGCUGCAGCAACCAUCAUACAGUCAGUGUUUCGCGGCUUUAAGGUCAGGUGUCUGAAGGGGACUGCAGGUUUUCAGAAUGACGUCGGUGAGGGAAUGAAGAGUCCUAGCAGGGAAUCUUUGGCGACAUCCAUUGAAGUUCAAACUGGGAAUUCGACUGGAGUUGUUUCAGUGCAGGAAGAGGAUCAAUCUGUUUCUACCAAACUUCAGCAUAAACCCAAAUAUUCAGCUUAUAAACCUAAGGAAGAUUGGGAUGACAGCAUACUAGACAGUACCAAAUCAAAAAUGAGGUAUCAGAACAGACAAGAAGCAAUGACUCGGCGAGAGAGAGCACUGGCAUAUGCCUUCUCCCAACAGUUAAGAAUCUGCUCAAAGAAGAAGCAUACAAAAUCUGAUGACACUGAACCAAACAUGGGUUGGAGCUGGCUUGAACGAUGGAUGGCCACUCGCCAAGUAGAAGUUUCUCCUGUGGAAGACUACACCAACAAGCAGCUUAUCAACAGUGAAGCAGCAAUUUCUUCAAAAAUAAGACCUUUCCCAAGGAAAAAAUUUCUAGACCUGUCAUUUGAUGAAAAAGAGAGUUGUGGUUCCAAUGAGGUACCUAUCCCAGUUGAAAAUUCAUCAAAUCCAGAGAGUGAAGAGAAACAUGGCCGCGAGUCAUCUAAAAAUAGGCUGAAGGCUCCAAGAAGUAUUUCCAGAAGGAAAACUGCACCAACCUAUCACUUGCAGAAAGAGUAUUCUAAGAAACAGGUAAGCAAGAAAGAUGGAUCAAAAGAAGCUGAAAAGAACAGAAAGCAAAAGGCCAAGCAAUCAAAAAGCAGCAGUGUUUGCAACGAUGAUGCAUCUUGGUUACCAUCUGAUCAUUCUGUGUCUGGUCAGAACUCCAAAUCAGAUCCCUAAAAAACUGGCAGUAGUGUUUGUGGGUGUGUGUAUAUCAGAAUGCAAGCGUUUUCAAGUAUUGUAACUAUAGAUUAAGUCCUCUUGUAAAUUGUACAUUGGAAGUAUGGUACACUUCUUGCAGUAUUGUAUAAGAAUAGCCAACCAUAUGGCAUGUUCA